AUGUCUGUUGAUCCCCACAAUCCAGACAUGAGCAACCGGGGCAAGAGAGGAGCUCUUGGAAAAAAGCCGAAUCCCAACUCAGCUAAUAUGGACAGCAAAGUUAAGGGAAAAUCACCCUCGGGGACUCGGACUCCCGAGGAACGGCGCGAGGAGGGCCCUUGUCCCUACCCUCCCGCGUCGACAUCGUGCGAAGGGAGCGAGGUGGGGGGGACCACGACCCCCUCACUUAAAGCAGCGAUCGUGAAGAUUGAAAGGGUUAAUAUACAUGUACCUGGACUGACGGACAAGCCCAGGUCGACGAGUGGGGGCACGCUCCCAUCAGCUGAUGUCAGCAUGGAGGUGGCCGAGGAAGGUCAUUUUGAGAAGCCUGCCGAUAGGUCAACGGGAUCGAGAAAGAAAAUAGUGGCCUCUGCCAAACCAAACUCCCCGGACCUGGAAUAUGUGGACACAAUGGAGGCCGGCCCGUCGUCUAGGCCGAGUACCCCUCAGGAUCAGGAUCUGGAGUUUGUGUCAUACACAUCUGCCUCAAGACCGAGAAGGAAUUCGGGGUCCUCGCGGGCCUCGACAAAGAAGAGGAGGAUUAUCUCGUCACCAGAUGACUCUGACGAUGAUAAGCAGCCUCCCGGUAGGUUUACCGACGUGCAAAGACAGGAGGUGGAGGGCCUCCUUGAUCAAGUCGAAGAACUCUCCUCAGCGGACAUGGCAGCCUUAGCCAAUGAGUGGCUCGAGACUGUCGAGGAUCGCAGGCAAAGAUCCAAGAACAUUAAGGGAUCGUUCGCACACGCCAUGAAAGUGAAAGUGGCUGCAACAGCGGGAGUGGUCAAAAUCCUAGCCACGAGAGCGGCAAUGGAUGGCGACUCGGGCUUCAUGCGCGCGAAGAUCCUGUCCCUCCAGCAGGAGAUGAAAGAACUCAGGGAAGAGAAUCAGCGCCUCAGACUCGAGAUGGAUGAUUUGCGAAGUGGUGCCCCGAUUUUUGGAAAUGCGGCUACGAGGGAUGAUAGACUGGAGGCGGUGAAGUCCCCUGGGCCAUCUGCAGAAUAUUAUAGUCCGAUGGCGGUCACCCCGCAAAUAAUAGAGGAUAGACCUGUGCUUACCGCUGCUGUCAGUAGUGCGGUUGCUGGAGCCCUUAGGGAACAUCUGCCGGAGGCUCGUAAAGGCGGACCUCGGCAAGAAAAGGGCCCGCGGCGACUAUUUGAGAGAACUGGCCGGCUAGAGGGCCACCCCCACUCAUCAGCGGUCACUGAAUCUCAGACGGAGGAGAAUGGCUUUACCCAAGCUAAGUCAACUAGGAAGAGGACGAAGAAGAGAGGAUCUCGAACCGGGAAGGAGGAGGCCCCUCGAAUUCCGGCUGAGCAAGGAGGGAACCGGGCGGAUGUUGGAGACGGGACCGCAGAGUUCCCGCCAUUGCCAGUGGAGGGAAGGACGGUGAAACCGGCCCCUGCCCAAAGAGUAGUUCCCAUGGCGGAGCGUAGACGACCCCCGCGUUCGGCGGCGGUGUCGAUGUCCUUUCCCGAGAAUAUGAAAUUCGCCGAUGUCGUUAAAAAGGCCCGCGACAGCGUGAACUUGGGAGAUUUGGGUAUCGAGCACACCAGGCUUAGGGCCACAAUGUCUGGGGCUGUGUUGGUAGAGAUCCCGGGCAAUGACAUGUCCCCAAAAGCGGACACCUUGGCAGCCAAACUGCAAGAAGUAUUUAUGGAUUCUGGAGUUAGGGUCUCCAGACCUUCGUUGAAGGGAGAACUCCGUUUAUCCGGACUUGAUGCGUCCAUCAGUCCAAGGGAGCUUAGAGCGGCAAUGGCUGAGGCUGGAGGGUGCGCUGCAGAUGACAUUCGUAUGGGCCAUACCAGAGCCACGAGGAAUGGCUUGCGAACAGUAUGGACGCAGUGUCCAUUGAAUGCUGCGAUACGCCUGGCCCAGGCGGGGAGUUUGAGAGUAGGCUGGUCUACGACGAGGGUGGACCUCCUUAAAAGACGCCCUGCCCAAUGUUAUAGGUGCUUUGCUACGGGGCACGUCAGGGAGAGAUGCCCUAGUGAAGUUGACCGGGCGUCCUGUUGCUUUAAUUGUGGCGCGGAUGGUCAUCUAGCGAAGGACUGCGGUAGGCCGGCUAGCUGCCCUAUCUGCAAAGAGGCGGGAAGAAGGUUAAUCGGAGCGCAGGACCUUCUUAUGCAAGUGAUGCAUGAGAGGGGCUGCGGAUUGGCCUGCAUACAAGAGCCGUAUAUAGUGCCGACGGACCCACGAUGGGCCGGAUCAUCCGAGGAUCCCCCCUUAGCCGCUAUAACUUGGCAAGGACCACUGGCUGCUGGACCGGUUACCGUACUCGGGCGAGGGCCUGGCUUUGUCGCGGUCAGGUGGGAGGGAAUUGUAAUCGCCUCCUGCUAUUUCUCCCCUAAUAAGGGAAUUAGGGAAUUUAAGGCGUAUUUACAAAUGGUGACCGAUACCGUUUCUCAGUACUCAAGGGGCCCCCUAAUUAUUAUGGGGGACUUCAACGCCAGAUCACACCUCUGGGAGGAUACCCACCCUACCUCACGCGGAGAUGCCCUGGUGACCUGGGCCGCUGCCUUAGAUUUGAGACUGAUUAACGAGGGUACGGCCCCUACCUGUGUGAGACCGCAGGGGACCUCAAUCGUCGAUUUGACUUGGGCGUCCUCUGCAAUUUUACCAAUGAUUGUCUCAUGGGUAACAGCGGUGGAAGCGGAAUCACUAUCGGACCACCGAUAUAUUUUUCUUGCGCUGGGGAGGAAUCCGGGGACCGCUCGGGAGAACCCAAAAGGGGGUUUCCCCAAAUGGAAUAUUAAGAGCCUGAGGACCGACUUGCUAUUAGCAAGUUUGAUUAUAAACUUUUGGUCGGGAUCAGCUGGAGAUGGGGGUGCGUCGGAACAGGCCAAACGUAUACAAAACGCGUUAACGGAGGCCUCGGACCUUGCGAUGACUCGUUCCAGAUCUGCAAAAAAGAAAUCGGUCUACUGGUGGAGCGACGAUAUUGCGGCUAUGAGGAAGGAAUGUAUCCACCUAAGGCGUAGGAUUACCAGGGCUCGCAAGAAGAACCGCGCGGCUGACCCCCUUUUGGAGAGGGAAUUGGCCCAAGCGCGCAAAAGGCUUAGAAUAGCCAUUAAAGAGGCCAAGAAUGGAGCCUGGAGGGAGUUUAUCUCAACGAUCGACCGGGACCCAUGGGGCCGCCCGUACAGAAUCGUGACGGGUAGACUGCGUUCCCUCGAGAAGCCGGUCUGCGAGGCACUUGCCCCGAGAGAUGUCUUUCGAAUAAUAUCCGGGCUUUUCCCGAAAAUGGAGGCGGAAUUGGUUCCCAGACCAAGGGAACUGGUCAUGUGGGAGGAAGACCUGGAGGUCACGGACGAGGAGAUUCUAUGGGCAGCUGGAAAGAUGAAGCAUAGCGGUAAAGCCCCAGGCCCAGAUGGGAUUAUUGGCGGGGUCAUAAGGGAGGCUCUCCCAGAGCUGGUUGGACCGCUCAUGCGCUGUUUUACGGCUUGCCUACGAGAGGGAGUUUUUCCAGCAUGCUGGAAGCGCGCGAGGUUAGUCCUGCUAAAGAAGCCGGGUAAAGCUGAAGGAGUCCCGUCUUCCUACCGGCCGAUUUGUCUCCUGAAUGAACUGGGGAAGAUGAUGGAGCGCAUCAUUGUUAGACGCAUUAGAAAGUGUAUACGCGAGGGCACUGGACUAUCGGACGAUCAGUUUGGGUUCCGGGAGCAGCGCUCCACCUCGGACGCUAUCCUUAGGCUGAGGAGCCUGUUGGACUCGGUCUAUGGCGAGGAGAGGCAGCAUGCGAUCGCCGUCUCCCUAGACGUCACGAAUGCAUUUAACUCCCUCCCUUGGAAGGGGAUUCGGCAGGCCUUAGUUAAAAAAGAGGUCCUUAACUAUCUGAGAGCAAUAUCAGGGGAUUACCUUGCGAACAGAUGGAUCUCCUGGGUUGAUGCCAAGGGACGAAUAAGCGAAUCCUCCAUGACGUGCGGGGUACCUCAGGGCUCAGCCUACGGACCCGAGAGCUGGAAUUUGGCGUAUGAUGAGGUCCUGGACACUGACAUCCCGUCGGGAUGCCACAUCAUUUGCUAUGCGGACGACACACUUGUGGUGGCCCUGGGGGAUAACCUCGAUGUCGCCACCGCUAGGGUAGAGAUGGCUGUGGCCUUGGUGAUGAGGCGAAUCGAAUCACUUGGCCUGAAGGUUUCGCCCGCGAAGACCGAGGCUGGUGCGUUCUCGAAAGCACACAGGUUCGUGCAAAAUCGGUCGGUGUUGGUUGGGGGGGUUUUGGUUCCUCUGAACUCCUUUCUGAAAUAUCUGGGGUUGACCAUCGGACGCAGAUGGACCUUCCGCGAGCAUUUCGCUGAAAUUCUACCAAGAGCUGAGAGGAUGUCCCUUGCAUUGGCUAGGCUUAUGCCCAACCUGAGGGGGCCAAAUGAAUGGGCGCUUAACCUCGAUAAGAAGAUUGCAAGAGACAUCAGGGCCUUGCAACGGAGGGUUGCGAUCAGGGUAAUUGCGGCCUACCGCACCCUGUCGUACCCAGCGGCUUUCUUGCUGGCGAGAGUCAUGCCAGUGGAAUACCUGGCUGGUAGACUGGCAAAAGUGUUCCUCGACACACGCGAUCUCCAAAGGGAGGAGAUUCCUAUAACGCACCGGGUGCACGAACGUAUAAGGGAGAAUGCUCUGGAAGAAGCCUUGACAAGGUGGGAGGCCGACUACAGGAGACCUGGAACAACGGCUGUCGCGGUUCGGGAAGCGGUAGCGCCAGUAUUGGAUCGGUGGUUUAGGCGUACGCAUGGGCAACUGACAUUUAGAAUGACGCAAAUAAUUACCGGGCAUGGGUGUUUCAAUUUAUUCCUUCAUCGGAUUGGGAAGGCCCCUAGUAGCUUCUGCUCCUUCUGUGAGGAAGGCGAGGACACGAAUAUGCACACCUUGGGCUAUUGUACGGCUUGGGUCCCGGAUCGAGAAGCCCUUACUGCUGUUAUUGGCCCGGAAUUAGAUCUGAGAUCGGUGAUCUUCUCUAUUUUGCAGACCCCGGCCAGGUGGGCUGCGUUCAAGGAAUUUUGCGAGGUAGUCAUGCUUAGGAAAGAGGAGGCUGAAAGGGCAAGACAAGCCCAGGCCGCAGCGGAGGAAGCCUUGUUGGUUAGGGUAGAUAACUUGAGAGAGUCGGACGAAGAAGAUUAG